AGAGAGAGCCAAUAAUUUUCUCCAUCAAUCUUCCUCUAUCUUUUUUUUUUUCCUUUGAAUCCCAAAAUCAAAGGAAAAAACAGAAAAAAUAUCAAUACCCCUUUUCCCCUGUUUUUUUCUUUUUGCAAGUUCCUCCAAUUCUUUAUAAUAAAAAGAUGGGUUGUGGGGAAUCAAAGCACGCAGUUGCAACGGAGAACGCCACCAUUCCUAAGAACAAGAGAUCAUUGAGUUCUAAAUCUGAAUCCACAAAGAGUGAAAAUGUCGUAAAAACUGAAAAUGGGGUUGCAGAGAUUGGUAGUGAUGAAAAAGUGGAGGAGGAGAAGGAGUUGAUUGCACCGAAAGUGGUGGCUGUGGAAAAAGAGAAGUCUGAGAAGAAAGAAAUGGUGGAAUUGGAAAAGGCGAAAGAAGAGAAAGUUGUAGAGACGAAGAAUGAAACAAUCCAUGUUGCUGUUGUAGAGAAGAAGAAUGAAAAUGAUGAAACAACAGCCCCUGUUUCUGUUGUAGAGAACGAUGAAACUACUCCGGUUGCUGUUGUAGAGAAGAAGAAUGAAAAUGAGGAAACAGUCCCUGUUUCUGUUGUUGCUGUUGUGGAGAAGAAAGAAUCUGUUGAAGAAAUUAAAGUAGAAGAGAAAACUGAGGAGACCAUCAAGCCAAUUGAAGAAGUGAAAGAAAAAGAGAAGGAAGAAGUUAUUGCUAUUUCUGAGGCCACAGAUGCUGCUAAACCAGAAACUGUCAAGGAUGAUGAUAAACCAGAGACCGAGGAAAAGCCAAAAGAGGAGAAUGCAACUGAAACAUCAGACUCAAAAACAGAUUAAAGUGCAAGCAUGGGAAUAUGGAAGAAGAGUGUUUAUUAGUUAAAUCCUUGCUUUUUAAAGCUUGUUGUAAUUUCCACCUUAAGUAUACAUAUUUGUUCCAUGAUCUGUUUUCAUCUCUUCUGCUUAUAUACAUCCCAUUUCAUCUAAAUCUACAUUUCUUUUUGGGGAUUUCUUUAAA